CUCUUACAACCACAUCAAAGUUUCAAGCCUGUAUUCCUGGAAAAGCUUGUUGUGCUGGCUUUCCUGAUAUGAAUUCAGUUGUUCUCAUCAGAAGAGCUCGGGUUCUCACUGUUGCUGAGGAUGGCUGCAGUUCUUUUUGGAGGAACUCUGAUCCUUAUGAAUGUCAUCUCUUGGUUCCAGUGCAGAUCCUUCAACCUCCUGGCACAGAUCCUUCAUCCUGUUGGUGCAGACUUUCUAGUUUCCACCACUGACCUUUGGUCUUUCCUGCUGCAGAUCCUUUAUACAGACUUACAAAUACAAAUAAAACAGGAGACAGUGACUUUUGAGGAUGUGGCUGUGAACUUCACCAUGGAGGAGUGGGCUUUGCUGGAUCUAUCCCAAAAGAAGCUCUACAGAGAUGUGAUGUGGGAAAACUUUAGGAAUGUGGCUGCUAUAGGAAGAAAUUGGGAUGACCAACAAAUUGAAGAUGAGUAUAAAAAUUGCAGGAGAAACGGAAGAAGUGAAGAGGAAGGGAAAUGCCAUCAAUAUAAAUUAUGUCAAAAACAUGGAGAAAUGGUUUUUUGGACUACAGAUACUAAUGUGCACAUGAGAGCAGUUGGUACCAAACCAGGUGAAAGUCUUGCUUGUACAAAGCCCCUGGUUAAUCAUUCAUUGUCUGGUAUGCCCAUUAUGGCUCACAGUGGACUUGAAUCCUAUCAGGGAUUUGAAGAGAAGCUCUCUAACGGUAACAAACAUGGAAAAACCUCCACUGACUUCCAGUCCUUUCAGAAGGAUACCAAGACAAAUCCUGGCGAUAAACUCUAUGAAUAUAAGCAGUGUGGAAGAUCGUACUCUGAAGGCACUGAAGGAAGUAACACUGAUCAGAAACCCUUUGUAUAUAAGCAAGAUGUAAAAGCCUUCAGUGCACCAAACUAUGUUCAAAUCUGUGGAAGAAAUCACAGUGAAGUGAAUACCUAUGUAUGUAUACAAUGUGGAAAAGCUUUUAAUUCUCUCCAUGAUAUCCAGGUACAUGAAAGAGCUCACACUGGAGAAAAACCCUAUGUAUGUAAGCAGUGUGGGAAAGCUUUCAGCACACACAGUCAUUGUCAAAGACAUGAAAGAACUCACACUGGGGAGAAACCCUAUGUGUGUAAUCAAUGUGGGAAAGCUUUCAGAACACACAGUAAUUGUCAGAUACAUGAAAGAACUCACACUGGGGAGAAGCCCUAUGUUUGUAAGCAAUGUGGGAAAGCCUUCAGCAGGCAAGACAAUUGUCAAACACAUGAAAGAACUCACACUGGGGAAAGACCCUAUGUAUGUAAGGAAUGUGGGAAAGCUUUCAGAACAUACAGCCAUUGUCAAAAGCAUGAAAGAACUCACACUGGAGAGAAGCCCUAUGUAUGCAGGCAAUGUGGGAAAGCCUUCAGCAGACAAGGUAAUUGUCAAAAACAUGAAAAACUUCACACUGGGGAGAAGCCUUAUAUAUGUAAACAGUGUGGAAAAGCUUUCAGCACACUUGGUAAUUGUCAAAUACAUGAAAGAACUCAUACUGGGGAGAAACCCUAUAUAUGUAAGCAAUGUGGGAAAGCUUUCAGGACACAUGGUAAUUGUCAAAUACAUGAAAGAACUCACACCGGCGAAAAGCCUUAUGUAUGUAAGCAGUGUGGGAAAGCUUUCAGCAGACGCUGUACUUACCAAAAACAUGAAAGAAUUCACAACAGGUUGAAUCCCUAUGUAAGUAACCAAUGUGGGAAAACUUUCAACACACAUGGAAAUUGUCAAAUAAAUGAAGGCCUUACAUUGGGUAGAAAUGUUGUAUAUGUAACAAUAUGGCAGUGCAUUCAGUACACAGGGGUAUUGUCAAAUACAUGAAAGAAAUUACACUGGUGAGGAACUGUAUGUAUAUAAGCCUUCAUUUACUCCAGUAAUCAUCAUGCAUAUUGUAAAAGUAAAAAAAAAAAAAGUUGACUUGAAUAUAUAAAGUGAUUGCACUGACACAAAAAGACUCAUAGUAGAGGCAAACCCUUUCUUUGUAACCAGUAUAAAGUUUCUCAGUACAAACAGAUAUUAUUACAUAUAGAAUCUGAACAUAAGUGAGCAAUGUAGGAAAGGUUUUUGAUUUUUUCAACACAUUCAAGUUGCUUCUGAGGGCUGGGGAUAUAGCUCAGUGGCACAGUGCCGCCUGGCAAGUGCAGGGUCCUGGGUUUGAUUCCUGGUACCAAAAAAACCAAAUUGCAUGUAAAAGGAUUGACAUAAAGAAGGAGCCAUAUGUAUAUAAUCAGUGUAGGAAACCCAUUUUUUCCACUUAACUUGAAGUGCAGGAAGAACUCACAGUAUAGAAAAACCCUAGGUUGAUAAUGUGAAGAAGGAUUCUGUGAUUCCAUAUACUCAGAAAAUGUGCACAAACUCACAAGGAGCAUCAGUAUAAAUACAGAAUGUGAGAAGUCUUCAUUUUUGCAUGAAUUUUCAUGCAAACAUGGAAUUGCAUAGUGAAGAAACUCAUAUCAAGGUAUAUUUUCUGGGAACACCUCCAUAGCCAUCUUGGGGUUACUGAUAUUGCAAAUGAACACAACAUUGUGAUAAACCAUUAAUAUAAGUGGGGUAUAUAGUUGUUCAGUUGUUCUACAUGUGAAAUGCAUAUUGGGUCAAAACCCUGUGAAUAUACAAAAUUCUCAAUUAUAGUUUAUAUUUUAAAAUCCUUUAAACAUUUCUCAUGUAUUGCAAAGCUAUACAAGUAAGUUGUAUAAAAACAGGAUGUGAAUUAUUUUUCCAGAAAGUACACAACUAGAAAUAUCUUAAAAUAUUAACAUAAUUAACUCACCCUUGAAAUAUAUCUCUGGAUUACAUAUUUCUAAGUCUACUUUUAAUAAUAAAUGCGUCAAUGUAACUAUGUUCUCACAUGCAGUAGUGUGGGAGUUUCAUGCUAUCUUUUCAUUAGACUAACUGAUAAAUCAGCCUUUAUUUUGCACCAUGUUAGAUGCACAAGUGAAUUGAAAUGUACUUCUUUUUUUUUUUUUUAGUUUUUCUCCGGUACCGGGAACCGAACUCACGACCUUGCGCUUGCCAGGCAGGCGCUUUGCCGCUGAGCUAAAUCCCCAGCCCCAAUGAAUUUUUUUUUUUUUUUUGGGAAUGUAUUUCUUAUGUGCCUAUAGGUUACUGUUUUUAUAGAUCAUUUUUUGUCUCCUUUGUUAUGUUGCUUUUCAGGUUUGUUUGUAGAAACUGUGGCACAAUAUAGCCCAGACACUGAAAUUUGCUGAUCAUUAAAAUUUUACCAAUAGCUUCUAUGUAUUUAAAUUUUUGAUGCAUAUAGUCCAUUUUGCCAUUUUUCUAAUGAAGGUAUUUUUAAUUGGAUAGUAUUUUGUAAUUAUAGUGUAUAUUUUCAAAAAAAUUUGUACAUGUGUUUUACAUAGUUUUACUGUUUUCAGACAAUUUGUAGAUUAGCAAAUACUAUGUUUUCCAUAAUCUGAGAAAAUAUCUGUAUAUAUCCCAAUAUAAUUACAGAUUAUAUGCAGUACAUAAUUUUGCCUGUUUUUUCUCUGAUACAAGAGCCAUUAUAAUGGGUAUAAAAUUUUAGGGUUUCAUAAAAAUUUUGCUGUUUGUAUUCCCAUGAUUUAUUGUGGUGGUCAUCAUACCAAAAAUAUACAGCUGUGAGUCCCCCAACUGCCACAGAGCAGCAGAGCCAUAUCUUUUCUCAAAUAAGAUAUAAUGAAUUGUAGUAAUUAAUCUUUCCACAAAUUAUACAUGGUGGUAUGACAGAAUAUUCUCAAAGGAAUUUUUGGCAGUCUUGAAAUUUGGGGAAAUUUCUAUUCAUCAUAAUGAAAAAAAAUCUUUAUUCCUUGAUAUUGUGAGUACCAUUCAGUCAUCAGAACUUAAUCUUUUACCUGGGAAUCUCAAAUCAGCUUAGUAAAAGACAUAAUAGACUAAUUUUUGUGAUUAAGAUUGUGUUCUGAUUUACAACUCUAAGAUAAAUUUAUACAGUAUCUUUUUGGUUACCAACAAUAAGAACCCCUAUCGGUUUCAUGAUUGAAGGAAGUGAUAUAUAUACCUUCAACCAUAUAAAGAUUUGUGCAGUCUCUGAGUCCAUCUCUAGUAUCUUUGCCUUGUUUUUGCCUUUUUACUGCCUAACACUGAAGUAUUUUGUAAAAUAUUCUGUAUUGUUUUCCCCGUGAAUACAAUGGCUGCUCAGUUUCCCAUGGGGUUACAUUCUGAUGAGUCCAUCCUAAGGUGAAAACAUAAGUGACAAAUGCAUUAAGUAUCUAAUGUGAAUAUACCUUAUCCUGACCUAACUAUGCUUAUACAAUUAGCCAUAUGGUAGGCGAUAUCAUCAAACAUUUUGUCUUUUUUAUGAGAUAUAGAGAACAUCUCAUGUAAUUCAUAAAAUAAACUGCCUUGCAGAGUACUGUA